AUGAGUCGCCUUCACCUUGGCUACAGAUCCUCAGCAGCCACUGUUGGGAGGGCAAGCGGGCCAAGGCCCCGGUGCAGUCUUGGGUGUUCCUUAUCCACUCAUCUCCGGCUGCUGAUAGUGCAUCCAUGUGUGCUGUCCCUUCCGGAGCUACCGCGGCAGGAGUCGAAUAGGUCGCCUGUGGGAGGAAUUGCCGUCGAAAAUGUUAGGUCAUGGUUAAUGGCGGUAUGUGCGGCUGCUCAGAUAGCUACUGAGGAUCUCUCAGCAUUUAUCAGCCAAGCACAUGAAACAAUGGCACAAAGAUUUCGCCUUCUUGAACCGCAAUUAUACAUGAAUGGCAUAAGGCAGAAGGUAGGGAGUCCAGCAUGGUUCAUGGCUCAUCCUGGCAAACCUGAAAGUAAAAACAUUACUCAUGUGGCACUGAUGGCCGAAGAAGCUACAAAAUAUAUGGCACAUGCACUCGGUCUGAGUGGUGCUGACCUCAGAGGCCUGAGCACCAGCGGGACUGCAUUGGCCAGAAUUUGCCCGAGCCAUGAGAGCCCUUGGUGUGAGGCGCGCAAGUAUCGCUCUCUUUCAGGCCACUGCAACAAUGUUCAGAGUCCAUCCUGGGGAUCAGCUGGCACGCCCUACAUCAGGUUCCUACCCCCGGACUACGAGGACACUAUUUCUCUACCAAGGGGAACUGCCAUAUACCCAGAUGGUCUACCAAGUGCAAGAGAAGUUUCACUUGCUGUUCAUAACCAACUGGACAGGAUACAUUCGCAUCUAGUAGCGACUGCUGCCUUUUGGGCACAGAUGGUUGCAUAUGAUGUAUCUCUUACUCCAAAAAUGACUGGAUACAAUGGAGAAAGAUUAAAAUGUUGUGGAGUUGAAUUUUCUGAUUUUCAUCCUGAAUGUUUUCCGAUUCGUCUGCCUGAUGCUGAUCCUAUACAUGGUUCCGCUAGGUGUCAAGAGUAUGUGAGAUCUGCAACUGCUCCAAGAAAAGCUUGUUCAUUAGGUCCUAGAGAACAGUUAAAUGAAGCUACAUCUUUCUUGGAUGCAUCUAAUUUGUAUGGAACAUCUCAAGAAGACAGUGAUGACCUGAGGUUAUUCAAAGGUGGUUUAUUAAAACUCCACAAUGGUCUACUACCUUCAGACAAUAAGACUGAAUGUAGGCCCAAUAAUAGAUUUAAAACUGCUGAUACAAGAAUGAAUGAACAUGUUGGUCUUGCAGCUUUACAAAAUAUCUGGGCAAGAGAGCACAACAGACUAGCCGCAGAAUUGGCAAAAUUAAAUCCUCAUUGGCCUGAUGAAAUCUUGUUUCAAGAGGCUAGAAAAAUUGUUAUUGCAGAAAUACAGUAUAUAACCUUCAAUGAAUUUUUGCCACUUAUACUUGGAAAAGAAGGCAAUGAAAUAGGUGAAGAUUCUCUGGGAAAUUCUUUCUACGCUCCUUUUCACCUAUAUGCCCAAAAUGGUUUAGAGUCUGUUAUGCAGAGUCUUCUCAGGGUUUCAGCUUUGAAUAAUAAUCAGCACGUUAAUUCGAUAUUCACAGAUCACAUGUUCGAACAACCAGAUGAAGCUGGUUUGGACUUAAUUGCUCAACUAAUCCAGCAGGGAAGAGACCAUGGAGUACCAUCUUAUCAGGAGUGGAGGAGAUUCUGCAAUCUCUUAGUGCCCAACACCUUUGAGGACCUUGAAGGAGAUCUAACUUCUGAAGCAGUGAAUGACCUCCGUAGAGUAUAUAAAAAUGUUUCUGAUAUUGAUCUUCUCUCUGGUGCUUUAUCUGAACAAGUACCAGAUGGAGCUACUGUUGGACCAACACUUCGUUGCUUACUAGCGAAGCAGUUCAAAUCAUUGCGCUCUGGGGACAGACAUUGGUUUGAAAAUGAUUGGGCUGGAUUUACUAAAAGUCAACUAAAUUCAAUCAGAGAAGGUGCCUCUCUGGCAAGAAUAAUCUGUGAUAAUACUGAAGUCAAAUAUGUUCAACCUAAUGCAUUUUUAGCACAAGAUCCUUUUCUAAACGCACCAAUGCCCUGUUCAUCCGGUACUAUCAAGUCACUAGACAUGUCUUUCUGGAAAGAGCAAAAGAAACUAUUUAUUAUCCCAAGUUCAGUUCUAGCCGAGACAUUCAAAAAUGCUCAAUCAGAUGUUAGAAAUAUACACAAACGAGAAUGGCUGUUAUAUACGCACAAUCUCAUGGCAGAUCCUCAGUCACCAAUUGGUACAGCUUUUGGGUUUAGUCGGCCAAAACGACAAGCAGCGAAAAUAGCAAAUACUUCUUUGAUGUUGGAAUUUGCUUCAUCUAGAAUUGUACGAAGCUUCAUCCAAGGAGAACUUCAAGAUUUAGAAACCAAGGAUGUCAAUAGCCUCAUAUCAACCUUACCAUUUGUUGAUUUGAGUUUCAUAGAUGAUAUUGGUGACAAUGAAUGUUUAGACACUGCUUUACCAUGUGAUUACACCCAAAAAUAUAGAACUAUUUCAGGCUGGUGUAACAAUCUUGAACACCCAGACUAUGGCCAAAGCUUCAGAGCUUUUAACAGAUUUUUGCCUCCAGCUUAUACUGAUGGUGUCGGAACUCCCAGAGCUCUUUCUGUGACUGGUAAACAACUUCCUAGCCCUCGGUUAAUCUCGACAAAUAUUCACAGUGAUACAAGCAGACCGCACACCAGAUAUUCAUUAAUGGUUAUGCAAUUUGCCCAAAUUACAGAUCAUGAUCUCACCUUUACUCCAGUUAACAAAGGUUUUAUUAAUGAAGGAAUAUUAAACUGUCUCUCAUGUGACUCCAAAGAAACUGUACACCCAGAAUGCUUUCCAAUUCCUAUACCAGAUAAUGACCCAUAUUUUCCUUCGAAGGAUCCAAAUACUGGGAAAAAUCUGUGUAUACCUGCUACCAGGUCCAUGCCAGGCCAACAAACUUUGGGACCCAGAGAACAAAUGAAUCAACUUACAGCAUAUCUUGACUUAAGCUAUGUUUACGGUAGCGACAAUUGUGAAGCUCGCAUUCUAAGAAGUUUUUCUGGUGGAAAACUUAAUGUUACCAGGGUACCAUAUGGAAAAUCUUUACUUCCAGAAUCAAGAUCGAAUCCUGAAUGCCGGUCUCGAACAAGAAUUUGCUUCAAUGCUGGAGAUGCAAGGGCUAGCGAGCAACCUGCUUUGGGAUCUUUCCAUACCGUUUGGCUUCGAGAGCACAACAGGAUAGCCCAUGAACUUUCAAAGAUCAAUCCACAUUGGUCAGAUGAAACUUUAUAUCAAGAAACCAGAAAAAUUUUAGCAGCUGUUUAUCAACAUCUAACAUUCUCAGAGUUCUUGCCGAGAAUCCUUGGAAGAGAAGCAAUAAAGAAAUAUAAUCUCGAUCUUCUUCUGGAUGGAUAUUUUAAAGGCUAUGACCCAACAUGUGAUGCAACUGUUGUGAAUGAGUUUUCUUCAGGAGCUUUUAGAUUCGGACACAGUCUACUGCGACCAGCACGAGAUCAUGGUGUGAGUGGUUAUAAUGACUAUCGUGAAGCUUGUGGAUUGAAAAGGGCAAACAGUUUUGAUGACUUCCUGGAUACCAUUUCAGAACCUAUUGUUGCUAAAUUAAGUGAGUUAUACGAACAUGUUGAUGAUGUAGACUUCUUUCCUGGAGGGAUGAGUGAAUAUCCACUACAUGGAGGAGUUAUUGGACCAACAUUUGCAUGUAUCAUUGGCAAUCAAUUUUCAAGGAUACGAAGAUGUGAUAGGUUUUGGUAUGAAAAUGACCAAGAAUUCACAAGGUUUACUCCUCUCCAAUUAGCAGAAAUAAGAAAAACAACAAUAGCAGCACUGUUCUGUAAUAAUCUCGACAAUAUCUACACAAUACAGAGGGCUGUUUUAGAUCUACCAGAUCCUUUUAUGAAUCCUCGAGUUAAGUGUAAAACAAUUCCUCAAAUUGAUUUAACACACUGGAAGGAAAGAGCAUCGUGUUUUAUAGAAAAUGUCAGCAUUGAUACUGGAAGGACUAUUAAUAUUUCGCCCUGUGUGUCCUGUACCUGCACCAAAGAAGGGCCCAUCUGCCAGUCAAUUAAAGUGAAAAACUGUAUUUCACUCCUUCACAACUACACUCCAGAUGCAGUUGCUAAUGACACAGUUUGCAAAGUCCAGUCAGGCUUAAAAAAGGGUGAAGCUCGCGUUUUCACCAACAUUAGUCCAGAAUUUUAUGCUAUUUCUGUUGCGGGUCUUGGCAAAGAAGGUGUUGGAUACAAUGAAAUGGAAGAUUUGGAUUUUAACAAAGAGAACAUUCGAGUUGGCGCUGGGCUUGCGGCGAGGUACUUACAAGAAGAGGGAGCUGGAACCAUUUUUUUGGAAGAUUUUUCUUCUGCAGAAGCUUCCAGCGAAGCAGGUGUUUUGGCCACGUGGAAGUAUGAGGACCUCAAAACCAAGGAAUGUCAAGGGGCUAAACUUGGUCACAAAGGUAUAGAAGAUAAUGAAAAGGCUGAUCAGUUAGCCAUUGAAGACGCUGGACUAAUUCUCCUAGGACCUGAACCAUCAAUUGGUAUUUCCAGAUGUCACCAGCGUAAGGGAGAGAGUUGGCAAAGAGGGGUUGUAAAAGCAGAAGCGCAGAACAUCGCAAGAAAAUUAGAAGAAACGCCUUCCAAUAUCAUGAAUCCGACCGCCUUCACCCAGGUAGCCAUCGACGUGCUCUGCCCUUGCGGCAUACAGAUUGAAGUAAGGGACAGAGAUUGGAUCGAAAACAAGAAGAUGUUUGCGUUUUUAUCUGUUUCUAAAGGAUCCUGUGAACAUCCUCUAUUUUUAGAAAUCUCCUACUGCGGUACACAAGUUGAUGACAAACCCGUCGUUUUUAUAGGUAAAGGAAUAACAUUCGACUCAGGUGGAUUGUGUUUGAAACCCUGCGAAAAUAUGUCUCAGCACCGAGCGGAUUUAGCAGGCGCCGCUGUAGUAGUCGGUUUGAUAAGAGCCAUAGCACAGCUUUCGUUACCUGUAAAUGUAAUGGGUCUCAUUCCUUUAUGCGAAAAUAUGCCAGGAGGAAUGGCUAUUAAACCAGGAGACGUUGUGACAGCUAUGAAUGGUCGUGCUAUUAGAGUUCAAGAUACAGACAACGAAGGAAGAGUAAUUCUGGCUGAUACACUUUGCUAUGCAGCUGCCUUCCAACCUUGCCUUAUUAUCGAUGUUGGCACAUUCACUCCCGGAAUCAGAAAAGCUGUUGGUGCAGGGUGUUCAGCUGUAUUCUCCACUUCAGAUGUUGUUUGGAGGGAAUUAAGAAGGGCUGGUGCAGAUACUGGGGAUAGAGUCUGGAGGUUUCCUUUCUGGAAGUACUUCACCAAACAAGUUACUGAUUAUGUUGGAGUGGAUGUUAGCAAUGUUGGUAAAGGAGGAGGAGGUGGCUCUUGUCUAGCAGCAGCCUUUCUAAAAGAGUUCAUUCCUCCAUUGGACUUUGCCCACAUUGACAUAACUGGUGUUGGGAUGACCGCCACGGACGACUAUCACCCUUAUUUAAGAAAAGGUCUGAUGAGCGGAAGGCCGACCAGAACCCUGAUCCAAUUCGUCUACCAAAUGUCUUGCCCACACGAUAAACCAGUGGACGGAUAACAAUAAAAUGUUUCAAAAACCUAUCAUAAAAUGUUAAAAACGAAAGUUUUUUAAUUUUUUCGUCUCAGAAAUUUAUAGUAAAGGUUUUUCUUUUAAUAACAUCAAUGUGACUGAUAGAUGUACUUUUGUAAUGUGGUAUAACAUUAUCUCAACAGAGAUCACAUUCAGCGAAAUUUCC